CGGCGUCAACGCCCUUAUCGAUAAGGGGCGUGCGUCGUUGCGACAAACGCUCGUUGCGUCGCAACCUCCAAGUGCAAACGGAAAAAGAAACUUUUACUGCACUAUGCCUCCGGGUUCUUCUAACGGAGCCUGGCCCGCGUCGUAUUUGAUGAUUCACUGAUUCAACCACGCGCGUCCCCAUUCGACUGAGCGCGACGCGUUACUCUACGAGCCCAUCAAGCAACCAUGGAAGGUCCCGACGGCCCCAUCGCCUCCAUCGCCGAGCCUGGCGUCAAGGCUGAGGGACAGCUGCUGUACUCAAUGCGUAAGGAGGUGGCAGAGCUGCUAGGCCGUCACCAGACCAGCUUCCCCGGCGCACAGCCAGUGAGCUUUGCUCGUCAGCACUUGGAGGAGCUCACCAAGCAAGAUUACUACGUCUGCGAGAAGUCGGACGGCAUCCGAUACCUUCUCUACUCGACAUCCGACGAAGGCGGUGGAGAGGCGCACUAUCUGAUCGAUCGCAAGAACGACUACUGGUUCAUCACCAACAGAAACCUCCACUUUCCUCUCGAGAACGAUCAGGGAGCAUUCCAUACGGCAACCCUAGUCGAUGGCGAGCUUGUUUGGGAUAGCCUGCCCAAUGGCAAGGCUGAGCCUCGGUUCCUCGUCUUUGACUGCCUCGUCAUGGACGGCAACAAACUCAUGGAUCGCACAUUGGACAAGCGGUUGGCGUACUUCAAGGAACGACUGUACAAUCCAUAUAAGAAGCUGUUCAAGGACUUCCCCGAUGAGCUCCGAUUCCAGCCCUUCUACGUGGAGAUGAAGCCCUUUCAGCUGGGCUACGGCAUCGAGAUGAUGUUCAAGCAAAUCCUACCAAGCUUGAAGCACGGCAACGAUGGCCUUAUCUUCACCUGCCGCAACACGCCCUACAAGCACGGCACCGACCCACACAUCCUCAAGUGGAAGCCUCCGGAGGAGAACACUGUGGAUUGCCGCCUGCGCCUGACAUUCCCCACGGUCGAGCCCGACGAGUUGGAGAGGCGUGAGGGCAUGACAGAGCCGUUCGUCGAUUACGACAGCGUCCCCAAGGCUCAGCUGUUCGUCUUCAAAGGAGACAGUGGCCCAGAUCGUUACGAGCCUUUCCACGAGGUGUUCAUGACCGAGGAUGAGUGGGAGGUUCUGAAGGGCCUCAACGAUCCCUUGAAUGACCGCAUUGUCGAGUGUAACAUAGACGAGCAAAACCGGUGGCGCAUCGUCCGUUUCCGAGACGACAAGAGCGAGGCGAACCACAAGAGCACGAUCACGAGUGUUCUCGAGAGCAUCAACGACCGUGUUUGCGACAAGGAUCUUUACAAGGCGGCCGGCCGGAUCCGCGAUAGCUGGAAGGCCCGCCAAGCUCGCCCUCGGUAGGCUCCUCUCGCAGCCGAGCCAGCACUGGAGCAUGGCACAAGGCGGAACAUGGCACGUUGGCUGAAAUUUCGAAUUAGGUAGAGAAGGAUGGCUCCGCCCCCUAUUCCUGACUCCUUGGCAAGUUUAUUGGGGGAGCCACUUGAGUGAGGAGAGAGAGAUGGCGUCUGUGGAGGGUGUUUCAAUGAUAGGGCGAGGCGUUUGGUCGAAAGAUUUGGAAGGACAGGGAACAUUAGUUUGCAAUGUUUCUCGAGGAUUCGCCUCUGUUUCGAUAUUCUAGGCGCCUGCUACAAAAUUAGAGUCACUGUUGGAUCUUGUAGGUCUACUAAACACAGCCAUGUGACGCCACUGGAUUUGAACUCUACCUAGCCCCCCAUCUCGACUUAUUAUCUAGGUAUGUAGCAGUCAACGGCCCAAAAUAGACCCCGUGGUUUUGA